CAAACAGCGGAUCGGCCAGCGAUCCGCCCGAUCCCCUCCAUCGUCCCCGUCCUCAAGCCCGCCCAAGCAUCGGCUCGAUCGAUCCGAUCAGCUUCAUAGCGCCAGCGCAUCGACCCACAUAUCUAUCACAAUGUGCAAACACGUUCUCAACGCCCAGGUCUCGAUCCGAGCCCCGUGCUGUCGACAGUGGUUCGACUGCCCCGAAUGUCAUGCCGAGAAAGCCGACCAUGAGCUAAGAAAGGCCAUGGAGAUGGUUUUCGCAUGCAAAAAAUGCCGCAAGGUCUUUAGAAAGGACAUGGCUGACUACGACGAGGCCGACGAAUACUGCCCGCACUGCGACAACAAAUACGUCAUCCCGGCCAAGACCCCGCAGAUGGGCGUUGGCGUCGAGGGCGACGACCCUCGAUUGUUGCGAGACUAUCGUGAGAAGCAGCGCCAGUUGCUGGAGGCCGAGUUUAUGGCUGAGCGGCUUGGUUAGAUCGCUUGCACAUCAAUCGAAAUCAGAAUGAAGCCAUACUUGAAGCAGCUGCAGAGCGGCGAUCCCGUCGGCUGUGUCCUCGUGAUAGUGCAUCGCUCAGACUGCGUAUCUCGGCU